GCGGGGAUUGUCUUUGCAAGUCAGUUUGUCACCCCUCACCCUUAAACCUGACUCGCCUCGGUUUUGGGUGGUCCAUUCAUUGACGUAUGUUUAUGAAACUUGAACUUGCAACAUAGCUGAAUUGCAUUUUCGCAAGUUUUAUUUGUUGUGGUCGCGGACGAUAUCUCGAGAUGCCAGCCUCAGAGAUUGCACAUUCGGCUCAGGCAGGCUUCGCCCCAGCCAAAGCUUACGAUGCUCAUCGACCUUCCUAUCCAGAGGAAGCGGUCGAGCAAUUCCUCCAAAAGCUAGAAAUUGCCGGCGUCAAGGGUGCCAAAGUUGCCGACCUUGCAGCGGGAACUGGCAAAUUCACCGAGAUCCUCGCGAGGAGGCCAGAGGAGUAUGACGUCGUCGCCAUCGAACCGCAUGAUGGGAUGCGCGGAGAGCUAGACAGGAAAACCCUUCCCCGUGUCGGUGUCGUCAAGGGCACAGCAAACAGCAUGUCGGACAUUCCAGACGAGAGUCUAGCAUGCUUGAUCGCAGCCCAGGCCUUUCACUGGUUCGCCAACAUGGACGCGUUGAAGGAAAUAGCCCGAGUGUUGCAACCGACAGGCGUUUUUGGAGGGAUAUGGAAUAUUGAAGACUACAACUCACCCAAAUCAUGGGAGAUCCAUUCGGGAUGGGAAAGCACAAUGCGGGACGUGGUGUGGACAUUCGACGACAAUCAGCCUCGAUUUCGUCACGAAAAAUGGCGCGAAGUAUUCGACGAGCAAAAUCGAAGUAACCCGCUGACUCUACAUUUUGCCGAUCCGCUGUUCGGUCUGCCCGUUGGCGAAAGCUCGGUGGACUUCGAGACGUGGCUGUCCAAGGACGACGUGUGGGCCAGAUUGAGGACGUUAUCCCAGAUCGCAGUAUUGGAGGGAGAUGAGCUGGAGAAAGUGAAAAAGAUGUUCUUUGAUAGUGUAAAUUCGCCAGACACGGAGACAGACGAACAUGGGCGAGUCGCUGUGCAUGGACGGACUGUAUUCUUCUGGACGAGUAAAAUACCUGCUGAGCCGCUCAAGAGUGGUGGCUAGACUUUCCAGCCAAACAGUCUUCGACCCUGUUUCCCUUGAAAAUCUCUGUCCCCGUCGUCGAGCCGAUCAAGCGCACUCUCCCCAACUGAAUCCUCACUGCCGCUUCACCCCACCCUGCUCAUCCCUGGCACAUUCGACCUGGCGCGUCGGCUUUUGAGACAUCCUAUGUCCUGAUGGACCUUUCUACCUUAGUCGAUGCACAACGUUCGCCGUGACGAUAUAUUGACCCAGCCGACAGGCAUAACCCUCAAAAUGCCCGCGUGCUUUUGAUCCCGAAAAUCCUGAUUGCUCUUUGCUUCGUGCACAUCGUGGUCUUCACUCGCUCGAAAUGUAAAGCACUGCAA